CCAAGAAACAAAAGAUCCCUCAGAGGCGACUUGAAUCCAAUCUCUCUCCCUCCCUCUAUACCUAUAUUUAUUAGUUGCACUACUUUUCUAACAUUCUGGCUUCCAUAUAUCUUCUCAACAUUUUAGUGUUUUGUCAACCCUCACAUACAUUUCUUCACCUUUUAACAUCUCACUGUAUUAAUUUCUUCACCAGAAACCAAUACGUACCAUAUCCUAUUACUCCAAAAAGAAUAAAAUGGUGUUUGGAUGGCGUAAAGCUUUUUGUACAUCUAUUCCUAAAGAAACUGAUCACCAUGAUUCCGGUGGUGGUGGUUCUAUUACCCCGAAAUCUAGUGGUUCCAGAUUUGCAUUUUUUAGCUCUAAUCCAUCUACACCUCGGCUUCCCUCGAAAUCUAAUUCCACUGACAACCUUAGCUGUCACAUCAACAACAAACUGCCGGAAAGAUCAGCAUCUGUUCCUGUUAGUCCAAGGCUUAAUUGUAAAACAAGCAAUAAUAGCCCCUUUCAGUGGUCAUCUACUCCUUCCUCACCUAGAUCCCCUUCUCCUUUCUCCCUCAUUAAAUCCAAUCUUCGUAUAUCCACUACUACUAAUAAGAGAUGUGGAUUGUGUUUGCAAAGUGUGAAGAGAGGGAAAGGAGUAGCGAUUUACACUGCAGAAUGUGAACACGUUUUCCAUUUUCCAUGUGUGGCUGAUUACGUCAAGAAAAAAGGAAGCUUAGCCUGUCCUAUUUGUAAUUCUAUUUGGAAAGAAAUCCCUAUCUUAUCUGUAAACCGCCAUGAAAUACCACCACCAGCUGCUGCUGCUGCUAAGGAAUCAGCUGUAAAUGAUGUUGAGAAGAAGAGUAAAUUGCGGAAACAGAAUUCAUUUCUGUUAAAAGUUUAUGAUGAUGAUGAGCCUUUGAUUUCGUCAUCCAUUCCGAAAGCUAGAUUUAAUCCGAUUCCGGAAUCAGAUGAAAGCUGUGAUGAUGAUGAUCAACAUCAAUUUCAAGGAUUUCAUACUAAUAUUAUUAAUAUUAAUAAUAAAAAUUGUAAUGAAAUUGAUGGAAGAGAGAUAGCCGUACGGUUGUUACCGGAGGUGGCGGUGGUUUCUUCUGACCGGAACAACGAGACGUACGCGGUUGUGUUGAAACUGAUUCCUCCGGCGGUGGUGGUGGAGAAGCCGCAAAACAGAGCUCCGAUUGAUUUAGUGGCGGUGAUUGAUGUGAGUGAAAAAUCGUCAAUUGAAAAUUUGAGGAAGAUGAAAAGGAUAAUGAAAUUGAUUAUUUCAUCACUUUCAUCAAAUGAUCGUUUAUCAAUUGUUGCAUUUUCUUCAUAUUCAAAGCGGUUAUUGCCUUUGAAGAGAAUGUCAAGCAAUGGCCAACGCGCCGCGCGUCGGAUAGUUGAUGCGAUGGUGGUUCUAGAAGGUUCGUCCAGUUCACAAGACGCUGUGAAAAAAGCUGCAAAGGUGUUAGAAGAUCGCCGGGAGAAAAAUUCCGUCGCUAGUAUUGUUGUUAUUUCAGAUUUUGUUAGCCAGACUGUGCAGGUGGCAUCCACGCGCUACUCUCACGCGCACCUUGAUAUAGCCGUACACACGGUUAACAUCGCCGAAACUGAAGACCACUCUCUUGGGAGAUCAGUUACCAGUUUGUUACACGUGCCGGUUCAUGAUUUGCAAGUAAAGCUAGGUUUUGUUUCCGGGUCGGGUCAUGCUGAAAUUGCUGGUGUGUAUGGGUAUUCUCCUAGAUCAGUUUAUCUCGGAUCGGGUACGGUUCGGGUUGGAGAGAUGUGUAUGAAUGAAGAGAGAGAAUUGUUGGUUGAAUUAAAAGUACCUUUUUCGGCGGUAGGGGCCCACACGCCCACAGUGCUAUCCGUAUGUUGCAGUUACAGGGAAUCAGUAACACAAGAGGUAAUUAAUUGUAAAGAGUACGCAUUGGUGGUGCCACGUGUACACACCGUUAGAUCAUCCUCUGUUACUAUCCAACGGUUGAGAAAUCUUUUCAUUACGACUCGAGCAUUAGCCGAGUCUCGCCGAUUGACUGCUCGAAACGACUUGAUUGGGGCGUACCAUAUGCUUAUCUCGGCUCGUGCGAUCUUGCAUCAAACAAGCUCGACUUGUAGUGAAUUUGUUGUUAGCAUUGAAGCCGAGCUGAAUGAGUUGCAACGUAGACGUCAAGCGAGGGUUGAGACGGCUGUGGCGGCGGCUUAUGUUGAUGACAAGGGCGAGCCGUUAACGCCGACAUCGGCUUGGAGAGUGGCCGAGAAGCUAGCGAAAGUUGCUAUCAUGAGAAAGUCUUUGAAUAGAGUAAGCGACUUGCACGGCUUUGAGGAUGCUAGAUUUUAAUAAACAUUUAUAUUUUCAGUCCUUAUUGUUUUACAUUGUUACAUUUUAUACGCUUAAUAAUAUUAAAAUCUCAAAAGCUGGAAAGAAA